AUGAAGAAUCAUACAAAACAGAUAGAGUUUAUCCUUCUGGGACUGACAGAUAAUUCUCUGUUACAGAUCGUAAUUUUAUUAUUUCUAUUUCUAAAUUACAUGCUGAGUAUGAUAGGAAACUUAACCAUCAUUGCCCUUACUCUACUGGAUUUUCAUCUCAAGACCCCAAUGUAUUUUUUCCUCCAUAAUUUCUCUUUCCUGGAAAUUUCGUUCACAAGUGUUUGCAUCCCCAGGUUCCUAAUCACCACUGUAACCAGAGAAAAGUCCAUUUCCUAUAAUGGCUGUAUAUCUCAGUUGUUUUUUUACAUAUUCUUGGGGGUUACAGAAUUUUUCCUUCUGGCAGCUUUGUCCUAUGACCAUUAUGUGGCCAUCUGCAAACCUUUGCAUUAUACAUCCAUCAUGAGCAACAGAAUUUGUCAUCAGAUUGUACUCAGUGCCUGGGCAACUGGAUUUCUGGUCAUUUUCCCUCCAUUGUUUUUAAUUCUGAACCUGGAUUUCUGUGCUUCCAAUAUCAUUGAUCAUUUCAUUUGUGACGUUUCUCCUGUCCUGCAACUUUCUUGCUCAGACACACAUUUACUAGAACUGAUUGCUUUUUUCUUGGCCUUGAUAAUCCUCAUUGUCACGUUGUUAUUAGUAAUCCUUUCUUACUCUUACAUAAACAAGACAAUUCUAAAAUUCCCUUGUUCAGCAAAGAAAAAAGCCUUUUCGACCUGCUCUUCUCACAUGAUUGUUGUAUCCAUCAGUUAUGGUAGUUGCAUAUUCAUGUACAUAAAGCCAUCUGCAAAUGAAAGAGUCACUUCAAGCAAAGGAGUAGCGGUGCUCAAUACUUCAGUUGCCCCUAUGUUGAAUCCAUUCAUUUAUACUCUGAGAAACCAGCAAGUUAAACAAGCCUUCAGAGAUGUAUUUAGUAAGAUAUCUUCUGCUUCGGAUAAAUAA